UAAACUCGAAUAGGAUUCAAGAAGAAGUAGACUCUCUCAAAGAAACAAUCCAGGAAGUUCUUAGCAAUGAAUUUCCGGUAAAAGCAUUAUAUGAUACCGUAUCGGUUUGUAGCCAACCAGAAGAUAUCUUGACGAUUCAUUACAUAAAAUUAACUCCUGACCCACCACAAAAAGGACAAGAAUUACGUAUUCAAGGCUCUGGCUAUUUCAAAGAAACCGUUGGUGAAGGUGGUUAUGUUGACGUGGUAGUUAAAUAUGGAAUAGUGACGAUUUAUUCAAAACGUCUUGAUUUAUGCGAACAAGCUCCCGAGGUUGAUGAAAGUUGUCCUGUUAUGAAGGGAAAUCAUACAGUUGACAAAGUGGCACAAUUACCUGGAAAUAUUUUUCCCUUAUAA